AUGGGAUCUGUUAACGGUGCAGCCACUGGAAGCGGUAUAUCAGGGUUAGAAGCCACUUCUACAGCUGCAAAGGUGGAAGCGACAACCACGCGGCACAAGAAAAAGUGGCAAGAGAAGAGCACAUUCAUUAAACAAAUGAGGAUUAUUCAUGGAUCAGUUUACAGAGAAGAAGACAGGAAAGGCUUCACAAAAGUGGUUUACCAAAAUAUAUUUACUGCCAUACAAGUAAUGAUCAGAGCCAUGGAUGCUGUCAAGAUACAGUACACAUCCAGAGAGAAUGAGGAGACUGCUCAGAUGAUCAGAGAAGUGGAAGUGGAUGAAGUGACAGUGCUGGAAAGAAAACAAGUUGAAGUAGUCAAAAAGCUUGGGGAAGACCCAGGAAUUAAAGAAUGCUACGAUAGACGGAGGGAGUACCAACCCUCAGACUGCUAAACUGUAAGUACAUUUUAUCUUACUGACCUUGAUCGUAUUGAUAUGCCCUCAUUUGUGCCAACUCAGCAAGAUAUUCUUUGAGUCCGAGUGCCAACUACAGGAAUUAUUAGGUAUCCUUUCGAUUUAGAAAAUAUUGUAUUUAGAUGUUACUUGUUUAACAGGAUGGUGGAUGUAGGUGCCCAAAGGUCAGAAACAAGGAAGUGGAUCUGUUGUCUUGAAAAUGUUACUUCCAUCAUUUUCUUAGUUGCACUGAGUGAAUAUGAUCAAGUUUUGGCAGAAUAUGACAAUGAGAAUCAAAUGGAAGAUAGCAAAACUUUAUUUAAAACUAUCAUUACAUAUCCCUGGUUUCUGAAUUCUUCAGUAAUUUUGUUUUUAAAUAAAAAAGAUCUUCUAGAAGAAAAAAUCAUGUAUUCCCUUAGUUACUUUCCAGAAUACACAGGACCUAAACAAGAUGUCAAAGCUGCCAGAGACUUCAUUUUGAAGCUGUAUCAGGAUCAGAAUCCAGACAAGGAGAAAGUAAUCUAUUCUCACUUCACUUGUGCCACAGACACAGAGAAUAUUCAUUUCAUCUUCGCCACUGUCAAGCACAGUGCAAUUAAGUGGAGGGAGUUUAACCUGGUUUAAAGAAAAAACAUAAGCUACACAAAGUGUGGCUUAUUCAUAGCACAGCCUGUGUUAAUUAAAAAGUGCCUUUUAAAAUACCAUGUACAGAAAUGGGAGGAGGAUUUCUAUUUAGUGAAGUAUGGAUUAAGAGAACUUUAAAGAAUUAGUUUCAAAGUUUACUUUUUAAGCUAUACAUUUAAAAUACUGGUUUUGCCUGUGAGUUAUUUUUUUUUAUAGCUAUGG